AUGAAUUCAUCUGAAGAAAGCCCUUUGAGCCAUCCUGUUAUUCAUUCCAUUCUGUUCUUGGCCUAUGUAUCCGUCUUUCUGACGGCCACGCUUGGAAAUGCUGUUAUCCUCGUAGUCUUUAUUUCUCAACGAAGAGCUCGCUCUGUUCCAAAUUUUUUCUUAGCUAAUCUUACUGUUGCUGAUCUCCUGGUCGCCAUUUUCUGUGUUUUGCAGAAUGGGGCUCACUUUGUUCUCUUAGGCCAUGGUCAUUGGGUGUUUGGAAAGUUCUUAUGUUAUACAUACAUCUACACUCUGCAUCUCAUUCCUAAUGUAUCAGCUGGGAUUUUGGUUUUGGUUUCCGUUGAAAGAUUGGUAGCCGUUUUGCGACCUUUGCGAGUUCGUAGAGUUUUUCAGCGAAAAGUCCUUGUUUCUUCCUCAAUUGUUGUUUGGACAGCAAGUGCUCUGAUGAACUUUCCUUAUUAUUUUGCAUCUCAACAUAUGGAAUUCCAUGAUGGAAAAGAAACAUUUGCGAUCUGCACGAGAAGACAUAUCGUCAUAAAUGACAUAAACGUUCUGAAAGUUGUUACAACUGUCAACUUUGUAGUUUGGUAUGCCAUCCCUCUUCUGGCUCUCUUGUUUAUCUAUGCAACUAUUGGAAUAGUUGUAAGUAGAGCUGCAGAUAUUAGUCAGUCAUCUAUAAAAGGAAACAAAUUAUUACCAAAAGGCAGUAAUGAUAGUCGGAUAGAUUCAACAUCUGGCGGCGUAUCGAUUGAAAAAAGACGAAAAGUUGGUAGAUUAGCUUUGGGUAUUGUAUCUUCCUUCGCAAUAUGUUCAUUACCACGUUAUGUCUAUCUUAUGUGGAGUGUAUGGAGAGAUCCAACAGCUCCAAGAUGUCUGAACUGUCUGCAAACCAUCCUUCAGCCAACCGGAUUUCUAUUUCUUUUCCUAAAUUCUGCAUUGAAUCCAUUCCUUUACGCUUUCCUAUCCGUACGAUUCCGUCAAUGUAUUAAGGAUACUUUCUACUGUAACAAACGAAAAGCUGAGCUCAUAGAAAUGUCAUCGAAAGCCAAUAAACGACCACCACCGCCUUCUGUUGAUACCGCUUAUGACGAUUUACAUUAA